UUUUGGGGGAGAAGAGACUUUAGAAAACAGCCACACACACGCACUCGCGGCAGCUUCCUAUGACACGGUGCAGACCUGCGGAUUUCCAAACACCUAUGUCCUAUUUUUUGACACUCUUCCAAACAAAAAAACACGCUCCUUUUUGCAUUUAGAGGUGAUCUUACACAUUGCCUUUGAAAUUUCCUUUUAAUCUCAGGACUUUGCGGGAUUUUGCGCGACUUUUGAACUUUGGAUGCUUGGAUGGUUUCAGGAGCGCUUCCAAGUGCGCAAAAACGUGCCUAGUGCCAUUCAACCGACUGAUGCCCCCCUCUCCGUCUGACUCGCCGUGAAUCAUGUCACGCCGGAAGCAGAAGCGACCCCAGCAUCUCGUUAACGCGGAUCCGGGGGGCCCAAGGCUGCUAUCUCACGAUGACCACCUGGGCAUGAAGUCACCGUCCACAUCUCUUGGCUCAGAAGUGACCUCAUCAGGGUCCUCCUCCUCGUCCCCCACCUCUCUCCAAGAUUGCCAGCCGCCUUUGGCCCCUCGCCCAUCCCCUGGUGGGCUCCACGCGCCCUCCUUGCCCAGCGAGAGCUCGCCUCCUCCUCACUGGCCCAGCCACAUUGCCCCCUUCACCACCUCCCUCCCCAACACCCAUUCUUCCCUCUCCCCAGACUUUCCUCAUCCCUCACUGUCGUCCCAGGCUCACUCACCUCCUCCCCUGGGUCAAACCUCAGGUUCCCACAGCCUGUCCCACCAAGGAAACUCUCAUUCCACAAUGACAUCCCCGCCAAUGGGCAGCUCAGCCACCACCACUACCUCCUCCUCCUCUUCCUCCUCCUCCUCUUCUCAGUGUGUGCAGCCUCACCGUGACAGCUCCAGUCCAGGUCAGCAGCAGGCCUCCAGCUCUCCAGGGCAGCAGGGACAGAUCCAGGUGCCGCCGACCCUGGCAGUACUACUAGAGGAGCUCAGGGUUUUACAGCAGAGGCAAAUCCACCAGAUGCAGAUAACAGAGGAGAUCUGUAGGCAUGUUCUAAGGCUUGGUGGGGCUGUCUUUGGCCAUGAUAAUAACACACAGGCUAUCGGUUCUGACACCAACCAGAAAUCUACAGGAGCAGCAUCUUUAUCACCAACACACCCCUCCACGGCCACGCCAGUAACCACAGCCUCAUCACUUUUGACUGGCCUUCCGUCUUCCCUCUUCCCCCAACCUGUCUCCAAAUCAGGUGCUUCACAUGUUAAUGGCAGCAGAGCUCCAUCUUCCUCUACCUCUUCCUCUUUAUCUUCCUCAUCUAUUUCAUCCUCUAUUAGCUCCUCUGUUGCCUCCCUACACCCUUUGUCCUUGUCAUUGGGUCUACCACCGCGCUACCUCAAUGAGAAAUCAUCCAACACCUCCUCAUUUGGUCAUAACAAUGGUAUCAGUUUCGUGACUCCUCCCCUUCCUACCGUCAGCCAUUCCCAGGAUCUCCAGCCCAGUUCCUCUCUGGGCUCCGCCUCCUCAGCAGGACGCCCUCAGCAUGUGUGCCGUUUCUGUGGGAAGGUGUUGAGCAGUGAUUCAUCUCUCCAGAUCCAUCUUAGGUCACAUACAGGUGAGAGGCCCUACCAGUGUCCAGUCUGCUUGAGCCGCUUUACAACCAGAGGGAACCUAAAGGCCCACUUCCUGCGACACAGAGAGCAGAACCCAGAGCUGUCCCUUUCCCUGUUGCCCCCAGCACUGUCGGAGCAAAUGCAGAGUACCCCUGCUCCUAGUGCCAUCCAGAGAAGAAGAAAACGGCGGGCUGAUGACGACGAGCCGUUUAAUGCAGUAAAAGGAAGCAUUCCUGGGAUGACAGAGAACAUGGCUUUAGGAUUCCUGUCUGGGGCAUCCACUCGGGCCUCUCCUUCCUCUCUACCUCUGCCUCCCUCAGUGGACAUGGCGUUGCUGUCCACAGCCCAUUCACUGCUACAGCUGAACAGAGCCUCAGCUGCAGCUGCUGCCAGCGCAUCCAGCACUGUACUGCCUUCUUCCUCUUCAUCCUCGUCUUCCUCCUCCAUGGGCAGCCAGUUCAAAGGAGUAAAGCAACAGCGAUUUGAUGAAAACACACCUCCUCACUCUGGCCUCCAUUCAACCUCCCCAUACUCUCAACUGGCCCACCUCCCUAAGAUUCUCUUCCCUGGAGGCACCUCCCCUCACCACCUUGCACUUCUCCGGGCCCCAGGCCACCCAUCCACCUCCCACCUCACUUCGCCUCAUCAGCUUCCCUUCCCUUUUCCACCUUUCCCCAAACCAUCAACCUCCUCCCCCUCUUCUUCCUCUCCCACCACCUCUACCCAGACCUCAGACACCUCCAAGUUGCAGCGCUUGGUACAGAAGCUUGAAAAGCAGCCACAUGGAGGUGCCUCUUCUUCCUCCUCACAAACCUCUGCUGAAGCAAAUGGGGACACACAUGGCCAUGAUUUGACCACCACCUCCAGUGCCUAUCGCAGGGAAAUGUUGGCUGCUCUCGGCCUGAGCCCAAGUGCAAAUGCUACUGGACUAAUGACCAGCCAGGGAGUCUCAGGUUCUGGCGCUAACACAGCUACCGCUUCUCUGCCUACUGGCCAGGCUGCUAAUCAGUGUGGAGUGUGUCUGCGUGUCCUCAGUUGCCCCAGAGCUCUGCGUUUGCACCAGGCCACACAUCUGGGAGAGCGCCCGUUCCCUUGUAAGCUGUGUGGUCGUUCCUUCUCCACCAAGGGAAGCCUUAGGGCCCACCUGGCCACUCACCGUGCAAGACCAGCCAACUCUCGUGCCUUGAACUCCUGCCCGUUGUGCCCACGCAAGUUCACCAAUGCCUUGGUUCUUCAGCAUCAUAUCCGCUUGCAUCUAGGAGGGCAAAUACCACCUGACGAAGAUAUGCCUACUGAAGAUGGUGCAGAGACACAGAAUGCCAUCUUUGAUGAUGGCAAGAAUGACUCCAUAGACUCCCCAUCUAAAGCCCAACAACUCCUUCCUCUGGCCUUAACAACAAGCUCCAAAUCUACAAAGGAUGCUCUCAACUCAGGGUCCACUUCUAAGCAAUCCACAGCUGCUGAUGCUACAUCUGUGAAGACGGAGGAAUCCGAGGGCUCAACACCCAGUGUUAGCCCACCCCUGACCCGUAAUCCCCCACCAGUGGGAGCUGAGGACCCCCUGCGUCUGGGAGACAACUCCCUAGCUGGUGGUAGCCCCAUGAACUCUGAGGAGGAGACCCAUGCUGACCUGGGCAGCACCAGUCCUUUCAAAGCACCCUUAGCUAGUUCUCUUUCAGCUGUAGUGAAUGGAGACGAAGAGGCAGAUGACACCCCUCUUUCCCUCUGUGUUUCAAAGCCUGGAGUAGAAAAUGAUAUGUUGCAUAAAGAGGUUAAUAAUGAUGAAACCUGUUCCACAGACAAACCCACCACAAGUCCUGAUUCUAACCCCAAACCACCAGCUGCAAAUCCCUUACCUGCACUCACCCCACCUGCCAGCCCCAAAGCUAUCCCUGAAGCAGAUGAGGCACAUGACAAUGUGCCACAGGAGGCAGAAGAUAAAGAUGCUGCCCAAAGCAAAGGCAAGAGUGAGACUCCCACACUGAGAGAGCCUUUGCCAGUGUUGGAUCAAGAGCCGGAGAAGGACGCUCCAGUGGAGGAGGGUGUCCCAGAAAAGCCUUCAGAGGACCCAGAGCCCUCUGUCCCAGCACCAGCACUGCCCACCCAGCCUCCUCGCCCAGACAAACCAUACAGCUGCUCCCAGUGUGGAAAGGCAUAUGCCAGCCGUAGCGGACUUAAGGGCCAUAUGAAAACUCACCCUGGAUCACUGACCAAUACCCCCUCCAAGGCUCAAACCAAUGAAAAUGACAUUGUGGAGGAUCGCAGUUCACACUCAGCCAAUAAGAACCCAGGACAGCAAGAAGAAAAGCAGGGAUUGGCUAAAUCCCCUGAGAAAGAUGACAGCACAGAUCCUCUACCAAUCAGUGUUGUUCCUAGUGUGGCGGACGAGUCUAUGGACACUUCUGUGUAGAAGAGUUAGUAUCAUUAAAUGGCUGCAGUCAGCCUUUAAAGGGUCCUGACAAGGGAAUGUAUUUUUUUAAUAGAAUGACUUGUUUCGUAGAGUUAUUAAUUCUAAUUCACGUUUACCUUUUGCAUUAGGCAGAUAGAGCUAGUUUGUAUUGUAGUUACAUUGUGGUAACAUUACAAGAGAUUUGUGAAUGUAGUAAUUUAGCCAUGUAUUUUUGUAUUUCAAAGACCACAGUGAGGCCUUAUCGUACACACUUCAUAGCAUUGUCACAAUGAGAAUUAAUUGUUUGCGCUUUUUUUGCUGACACCUAUCUCAGCACAUACUGUAUAAGCUGAUUUGAAUAAGAGGAAGGUCCAGAAGUUCCAGAAGAUGAACUCCAUACCAAAACAGGCCAAAUUAUUAAUGGCCAAUGUUUGUAAAUAUGAGCUGCAGUUACAUUUUAUGCCUUUUUAUUGUUCUUUUAUUCUUCCUUCCUUUUUUUUAAUGCCAUGCUGCUGAAAGCAUGUUUCUGAUGUGCUGAGUUGCACUGUGAGUUGCACUGUGUCUUGUGCUGCCGAAACAUCUACUUAAAUAAACACAUGUUAGCAAUGACGAUAACCAUGAUGAUGUUGAUAAUAAUGAUGACGAUGAUUGUGUUAGAUUAUCAGUACUUUUUUGUGAACAGUCCUUGUACUUAUAGCUGUAAACUUGGCAAAUUACCUUAAUUACCCUCAAAUUGAUGAUUGUAAAUGUUUUUUCUUGCUGUUGAUGAUAUCUUCAGGUUCAAAUCGACAACAAGGAUGAGCUCUGUCCGUUAUAACCCCCCCGCCCUCCUUUAUCUUUCAUUCCCCCCCUCUUCCCCCUGCUCUCCUCUCUCAAAGCACUUGAGAGUUUUCUGCUCCUGCAGAAUUUGUCUACACUCACUGCAUUCCUGCUUAGCCCAGUUUUAGUAUUUGUAUGCUUUGCUUUACCAUUUGUAAACCCUUUUUUGUAGCAAUGACAAAAUAUGUUCCCAUGCUUCCCAUGUGUUGUAUAAAAGAUAAAUAAAACAAUGGCGAUGUGAAGAGGA